AUGACCUCGAUUACAAUCAAAGACACCCUCCCGCUACCCAAUUCCUCUGUCCGCAUACCCCGCCUCGGCUUUGGCGUGUACCAAUCGUCGGCCUCAGUAUGCGUGCAGUCCUGUCUGUCGGCCAUUGAAGCAGGCUACCGCCACAUCGACACUGCCCAGUUCUACGCCAACGAGACGGAAGUCGGCGAAGCGGUGCGCAAGUCCGGGUUGCCUCGCGCCGACAUAUUCGUCACCACCAAGAUCCUUUCCGCAGGCGGGACGGUAGAAAAGUCAUACCAAAAGUGCGUAGACAGCGUGAAUAAAAUCGACGGCAGCAACGGCUACGUGGAUCUUUUUCUGAUACACAGCCCCAAUGCCGGAAGCAAGGCCAGGAAAGAGAUGUGGCAGGCGCUGGAAAAGCUGUACGAGGAGGGCAAGGCCAAGAGCAUCGGCGUGAGUAAUUAUGGAGUUGGCCAUAUCGAGGAGAUGAAGAGCUAUGCAAAGGUUUGGCCGCCGCAUGUCAAUCAGAUCGAGUUACAUCCUUGGUGCCAACAGCGCACGGCCGUCGAGUAUUGCCACAAGCACGGUAUCGUCGUCGAGGCAUACUCGCCCCUCGUCCGGAACUACAAGGCCAACGACGAAACGCUCGUGGGGCUCGCGAGGAAAUACAAAAAGACCACCGCACAAAUACUGAUCAGGUACUGUCUCCAGAAGAACUGGGUUCCUCUGCCGAAGAGCGACAACCCGGAUCGGAUAAAGCAGAAUGCCGAUGUGUAUGGAUUUGAAAUCGCGGCCGAAGACAUGAGCACGUUGGACUCGCUGGAUCAAGGAGAUGCCGGCGCGAUCGUACAAGCGGUGGACAACUCGUAA